AUGACCACGACGUCACGGUCCGGUCGCCAACUAUGGCUGCCUUGGCUCAUCCUCGUAGUGUCGCUGACUCUGAUCACAUACUCGGUAGAUUCGUUUAUACGUCUUCCGCAGCAGCUAGGUGUAUCGCAACAAUGCCGCAUGUCUAGGAUGUGGCCAGCCUACAUCGACCAUACCUCCAAUCUCGAGCCAUUCUCACCUUCCGGCCUAUGGCGCAAGUAUCGCCUCUACCUUUAUCGCGAACGUCACUUUGAACCCAUGGAUCUUCCUACCGGAAGCCCUGCGCUCUUUGUUCCUGGCAACUCCGGAUCGUACGGUCAAGUUCGCAGCGUGGCUUCGAGUGCUUCUCGCCAAUUCUACAAGGAAAAUGGCUCGGGCGCACGUAGAGAUGAGUGGAAAGACGCCCCUCCAGGUGUCGCACAUACCGACUGGUACACCAUCGACUUCAACGAAGACUUUUCUGCCUUCAGCGGCACCACCUUGAUCGAGCAGGCCACAUUCAUCAACGAGGUCGUCUCGUACCUUUCCGAUCGAUACGCUUCUGCUGCUACACACAGCUAUGCUGCCGGAGAGCGCAAUACCACUGUGCCAAUCUUGGCACACAGCAUGGGCGGCAUCGCGGCUCGCCUUACCGCACACCUACCCAACUACCCUGUUGGCAAUAUUGAUACCAUUGUCACUCUCAGCACACCUCAUGCUUUUCCACCUGUACCUUUUGACAGCAGCGUCGAGUACGUCUAUUCGCUCAUCAAUACGCCUCUCGAUGCUUCCCGUGUAACAAGUAGGUCAGCUCGUAAUGUGCCACCAUUGCUAGUCUCUAUCGCAGGCGGGCUGCUCGACACUCAGCUUCCAUCUGAUCCUUCAUCACUUUCCCUUGCCCGCAUCGGCGAAGCAAUUGCCCCUUCGCGCAUCUCGACUUAUACCGGCUCCUUGCCUUCGCUCUGGUCCUCGGUCGAUCACGUUGCCGUCAUGUGGUGCGAUCAGCUACGCGAAAAGAUAGCAAGAGGCUUUCUACUUGACAUGAUGGCGUUUGGGCGUGUCUCGGACGAACGCAAUGCCGGAGGCGUCAGCGGCAGAUCAAGUGUACUGCGUCGACGUCGCGAGCUUUGGAGACGUGCACUCAGUCUUUUCGACGUCUCAGAUGCGGGAAAUGGCGAAAUAGGACCUCUCGAGCUAACUCCCUCGCCAGAUUGGCUGCUCGAAGAGGAUCGUGAGACGUUUGUCGUCGAAAACGAGUCCCCCUCUUUCCAACGGCCAACCAGCGGGCCCGACUCGGCUCUUUCCGUAGACCAACAAAAUACCGUCUUUCGCAUUCCAGCUAGGAUGGGCGAUAGCGACGAUGGCUUGCACGCUUUUGAGCUCAUCACCAAUCUCUGCGUUGGGUGGAACCCUUCGUCAGGUAUGGGCGCCCCCCUUCCACAGCCCGUCGAGCUGGUUGUUCAGCUGUGCACCAGCAACCCGGACUCAUCUGACCCUGUCAGCGGUCAAAGAACCUCGUGCCGGCUCGUCAUGCCCUGGCAAUGGGAGCUGAUCCCACCAAGCUUUUUGCCUCGAACAGAUAUCUUGAUGCAAGAAUCCUCACAACACAUCGAUACACACCUUCCCGAAAACCGCCCAUUCCCCAGUGCAGACGAGAUCUACCACGUCCCUGGUUACGCAUUUCAGCGCCUGCGUCUGGACGCCGACCUCCUCCAACGGCAGCGAAUCGAUUGGAUUCGUGUAGAACGCAAGACUGACUCGGGUGUCUUCGUCCACCAACGCGGUCUCAAGAGCUUUGUUCGUGGAGGAUGGAUGCGUCAAGCUGCCGGUCGCCUGAAGAAGCAUGGCAGCUCUUUGCUCCUUACUCAAGACCAAGACUCAGAUAUACAACAUCACUACCAAGAUGCCGGCUUUGCCACCACUAGCGCCAUUCCUAUCGCCUCUGAAUGGCUACUCAAAGGGUUCAGCUCCUCUUUACUUGCCAGGCGAAUUGAGCUAGUGCCGAGUCAAUGUCUGGUCGAAAAUCUAGCCCUCUACACGCUGCAGAGCAACGACGAGAGCCUUCAUUCGACAGACGCUUCCUUUUCGCCCUUCAUGCGCGUCUCAGAUCGUGCCACAGGUGAUUCACGCUGGUAUCCGCAGCUCGCCUCGCCCGAGCUCGUUCGCAGGAUUCGUGCUCGGACAUACAAGGGAGAACCCAUCACCUUUCCCCUCUCGCUUCACGGUAACGCACCAUUCAUGCCACCGGCAAGAGAUAGCCUUAACGAAAUUAGGGUACAGCUCUGGACUGAUCAGGCGCUUCUGCGUCCAGUCCCUGGCAAGUCCCUGCCGUGUAGGUCGUCCGUCGACUCGAUCCGCUUGUCUGUCGAUUGGAAAGCUUCUGCCGGCCUGGUUUUGCUUCGCUAUCGUUUCUUGCUUGCAGCAUGGCCUCUCGGCCUACUGUCAGUCUGCAUCGGUCUGUCGUGGCUCACCUGGACUCAGAAACCCGAGCUCCCUUUCCCGUCUCCUUUGACCUCGAUUACGCAGCCAGUAUUCCGCACGCCCUUCAUCGGCAACAGAGUGGAUCCGCUACUGGGACUGUUGGCCUGUACUGCGAUUGCGCUGAUCCUCCUUGAUGGAAUGCGCCUAUGGCUGUAUAGAUGUAUGUCGAGCGCAGAGGCUCGCGGUCCAACUUCGUCUUUGAUUGGCAUGGUCUUGGGGCUUCACAAUCAUGCGUCCUCGGCAGGUCUGAUUCCCUGCUUCCUUCUGGUCUCGUAUGCGACUUUGCUCGUCAUCGUCGCAAUCAUACAAUGGUCCUUCUCACUGAUCGCCGCCAUUGUGACGAGAUUUGGGCUAGCUCACAAGCUCGACUGGGUGGGAGCGGCAACAGCAAGCUCCGACCCACUGAAGUGGAAUCGGCGGUCCAUGGCGGGUCUGGCGAUACUGCUGCUGUCGGUUGUGCUGCUCGUGCCCCACCAAUUCGUCUUUCUCAUCAUGUUCCUACUGCAACUCCUCAACACGCUUCGCGCUCUUCUCGAGCUUCAAUCAAACCGGGGUCCUCCACAGUCUCAAGAGUCACGUUUCCAUCAACAUCUCAGCAUCCUCAUGAUGCUUGUCCUUUUGCUGCCUCAGAAGGCUAGCUUCCUAGUGACAUGGGUCCGCAACUUGGCGUCUGUGGGUAUCAAAACUCCCAAUACUAUGGCUGCGUGGAUGGAUCAUAACUUGUUGGAUGUCGCGCCUAUCGUCGUGCUAGUCUGGUUGAUGGCUGGAGGACGGAUGCUCGAGCCAGCUCGUUCCAAAAUGGAAGCCAAGGCGAUUGUUUUUGGCUUUAGCAUCGUGGGAUGGUAUGCACUGGUGUGGGGUAUCAGAUACACCUACCGCACUUAUGAUGCUUUCAAUGCUCUUUGCCUUGUACUUGCAGUCUGCCACUGGCGAUCGAGACGAGCUGGUAGUCGCAGCCACUACAGUCAAGGUCACGCCGCCUGCAAUGUGGCUAAACAUUCAGACGAAACGUCGGGUAUGCUCCACGCCCACGGUAAGGAUGAAGGGGUAAAUUUGGGAGAUGCGCCCGCUGAAGAGUUUGAGCUUCGGUCCGGUCUCGCUUCAGCACGGCUACCGAUCCAUCACCUCGCUUUGCCCUCCUCCGUUGACCCUCAGUCCGGUGGCGCUUCGAUUGCCGAAGGAAACGCUUCGACUUGUGCCGUCGUAGAAUCUUCGGCUCAAACCAAUCUGGGAGGCGAUAAGCUGGACGAGCUGAUUGCCGACUACCUCGAUGUUCUCGACCGAUACCAGCGAGCACGAAAUGCUACCUCGGCCCUCUUCAGCAGCGGCUAUCUGAAGCUCACUCGUGCCAAGAUAGAGCUCGGCGCAUCUCGAUUGAGCAGCAACUCAUAUGACUCGCGUCUGCUCGCCGAAGUCCGGGCGACUAUUUCCAACGAAUCCUCAUCGCAAUCGAGCUGUGGAGGAUUACCGGCGCAGGCAUCGGAAAUCAGUCAUAUUUCCGUCGCAAGGGUGCAACCGGAUUACUCUCAUCUGGAGAAUGAUGACUACGUUUUGAUCCAAGACAUGGACGAGAGCAAGGUGGAAAAAGCGGACAGUACAAUCGCCGGAUUGCGAAGGAGAGCUGCGGUUGGGGUCACUUUAAGCGAGACAGAUGUAGUGGAAGGGAGUGGACCGCAUAAGCAUUCGCCAAGAGGCUCGCUUAACGAUUCUGUAUUACGGCCCGUCCGGGUCAGUGCGGCUGAUGCAGAAGGCAGGGGUGAUGCCAUAAAGAUGUCAGCGGUUCAGCCGGAAAAAGGCCAUUCCAAAAACAGCAAAUACGAUGUCAUAUCCACAAACCAAGGCGAUGAUCAACUUGGUCGGAUGGAACAAACCAAAAAAGUGGCGGCCAAGCCAGACGCUUUGCUUCAAUUUGGCGGUCUCCCGUCGACUGCGCUCAGAGGCGCACAGGUCGAUCUUAGAAAGGCCUUGAACCAGCUUCUCGGAGCGGAGAGCCACGUCCACGACGAUGGAGUACUGCAGUUGGCAUUGCGCCUGGAGGUGUUGACAUCGGCCAUAUCCACUCUGAAAGCUACAGCGGCCAACCAAUCGGAAUGCGAAAAACGGUAA